CACUCGGACAAACCGGUAACUUUUGCACCAAACGACCUUUUAGUCUUCACUCUUCAACUUCACUCUUUCCCCUUUCUCUUUCUUGAUCCAAUUUUGGCCGCUGGUUUUCUGCUUUGCAAAUAUUUCGACAAGAAGGUGCCUAUUACGAUCCCUUUUCGGGUGAGUUUUCCUUUAUAAUCAUAUCAAGGCGCAGAAGAGUAGAAUUUGCAACUCCCCCAGUAAAUUGUGAUUGGUUCAUGUUCAAAUCGUUAUAUUAAUGUUGCUGUAUUCUCAAGUUAUAUUCUUUUCUUGGCGGCUAUGUAGCUAAGUAUAUGUUAGAGCUUUGUGGGUAAGUACUGAAGUUACAAUUUUUAUUUACCAAUUUGUGUUUGGGCAAUUGGGUGUUCAGAGUUUUGUCAUUUUUAGGUAGAGGCAGUUGGGCUAUUUUGAUACAAUUCUUAAUUUAUAAGAAUUUUGAUAAUGAGAUGUGUUUAUGUUGCUUUCCUCUUUUGGUCUUUUUGUGGGUUAUUAUUAUUUGGGUUUACAUAUUCGUAUAUCCCAAAUAAAUUUGGUUUUGAGGCUGCAGCCGAAUCUACUGUGAUCCAUAGUUAUGACAGAAUUGAUGAGGCAAGGAAACAUUGUGCUUUUGUUCUAUCUUCUGCUACUGAAUUGAAACCUGAAAAUAAUAGAGUUUAUGGUAUCAAAGAUGAUAUUUUUUUUGUCAAUGGGGAUUGGAGGCAGGAUGUAGGUAAAGCCCCAAUAAUGCCAUAUGUGGAUAGAGAGUCUUAUAAUGGCAACUUAUCAGAUGCUCAGACUCCAAUGAACCUUGUAUCUUUCUGGGUCACUGAUGUCGAUCAUGCUCAUCGAUCUAAAAAGUUUGUUAGUGUUAAUGGGUUCUUGGUCAUGGGCAUAACGCUAGAUACUUUUGGGGAUAAACCAUAUGAGGAUAGCCUUCGGUUCCAGAUAUGGCCUGGUCAUACCCAGCUUUCAAUUGCUUUUCAAGGUGUAUAUACUGAAUCUAAGAAGAAUGGAGGUGAAAGAGUAAUGUGUUUGUUGGGGAGCACAAUGCUGCCUUCUCGGGAAUCUGAAUCAAGUGAUCCAUGGGAAUGGGCAAAAGGUCCCGGCUCGAGUUAUAACCAGCCACCUCUUCUGCAAGAUGAUCAGAUUCUGCUUGUUCUUCAUUAUCCAAUGACAUUUAAAUUGACCAAUAGGGUGAUCCGAGGAGAGAUGAGAAGUUUAAACUCAAAAUCAAAUCUCAAGUACUUCGAUGAAGUUCACAUUUUGUCACAGUUAUCAAAGUCAGCUAAAUAUGAAUUUGGCUCUGAAAAAUUUGUUUCUAAAGCAUGUGAUCCAUAUCCAUACCAUGAUAAUGUAGUGAAUAGUAGUGUUGAUAUCUAUAAAGGAAAUGGAUUUUGUGACAUUCUAGGGAAAAUUACAGGAGAAGGAACUGGACCUUUCACCAUUGUGCCGAAUUGGAGGUGCAACAGCUCAGAUAAAUUUUGCAGCAAGUUUGGUCCUUUUAUGUCAGAUAAAGAAAUUAAGGCAACUGAUGGUAGCUUUAAAGGUGUAGAACUCUUUAUGCAGAAUGUCAAGUGUGAGCAGAUACCUGCACUGGGUAAUACCAGUUCUGCAAGGGUUGCUGCUGUCUUUCGAGCUGUUCCUCCAGUGGAGAAUCAGUAUGUUAUGGGAAUGAGAUCUGGGCCAAGCAACAUGACUGUUGCUGCUGAAGGAAUUUGGAAGUCUUCCUCCGGGCAGCUUUGCAUGGUUGGUUGUCUUGGAUUAGUUGAUACUGAAGGAAGUAGCUGUGAUUCUCGGAUUUGUUUAUACAUUCCUAUGUCAUUUUCCAUAAAGCAAAGAAGCAUAAUCUUUGGAAGUUUUUCCAGCACUGACAAAAAUGCUUUGUAUUUCCCUUUAUCAUUUGAAAAGCUAUUGCAACCCACAGAGCUCUGGAAUUAUUUCAAAGUCUCUCAUCCAUAUUACAACUACUCUAAAAUAGUGGAAGCUGGUACUAUCCUGGAAAAAAAUGAGCCCUUCAGUUUCCGAACUGUCAUAAAGAAAUCAUUGUUACAGUUUCCUAAACUAGAAGAUACAGAGGCAUUCAUUACUAGUCUCUCUCUUCUCGCAGAGGACCUGACCCUGCACACAUCUGCAUUUCCUGAUCCAUUUCCUAGUUCUCGGCCCACAAGAACUGAUUUACAGCUGGAGGUUCUCUCACUUGGUCCUUUGUUUGGGCGAUACUGGUCUCCAUACAAUAUUUCCUCUGCAGAUGAGGAGACUCCAUACCACAGUAAAGCUGAAUACACUGAAAAACAACUCCUUGUGAAUGUAUCAGCUCAAAUAACACUUAAUGGAGAUGUGUAUAGCAACUUUUCUGUGCUUUUCCUGGAAGGACUUUAUGACCCUCGUGUUGGGAAGAUGUAUCUAGUAGGGUGCAGGGAUGUCCGAGCCUCAUGGAACAUCUUAUUUGAUAGCAUGGAUCUUGAAGCAGGUUUGGAUUGCUUAAUUGAAGUGAUUGUUUCUUAUCCACCUACUACAUCUAGUUGGUUAUUCAAUCCAACUGCUAGGAUAUCUUUAUCCAGCCAUCGCAAUGAUGAUGAUCCCCUCCAUUUCAACACGAUUUCACUCCAAUCUCUUCCUAUUAUUUACCGGAAGCAAAGAGAAAACAUUCUCUCUCGUAGAGGAGUUGAGGGGAUCCUGCGAAUUUUGACACUUUCAUUUGCAAUCGCCUGCAUUUUAAGCCAGCUAUUCUACAUAAAGCAGGAUGCAGAUUCCGUACCAUUCAUAUCUCUCGUUAUGCUUGGUGUCCAAGUUCUUGGAUAUAGCCAUCCACUGAUCACAGGUGCAGAAGCUAUCUUCAAGAGAAUGUCAUCUGAAUCUUAUGAUGUCUCAUCAUAUGAUCUUGAGAAGGAUCAGUGGGUGCAUGUGAUUGAUUACACAGUGAAGCUUCUUGUCAUGGUUUCACUAUUAGUGACACUAAGACUCUGCCAAAAGGUGUGGAAAUCUCGUAUCAGAUUACUUACAAGAUCUCCUCAGGAGCCACAUCGUGUCCCAAGUGAUAAGUGGGUAUUCCUUUCUACAUUGACUAUACAUGUGAUUGGUUAUGUAACCAUUCUCAUUAUUCAUAGCUUAAAAAAUAGCCAGAACCCUGUCCGAAUGGAGAGAUUUGUUGAUUUGGCUGGUAACUCCCGGACACUGCGACAAUGGGAAACUGAGCUUGAGGAGUAUGUGGGCCUGGUCCAAGAUUUUUUCUUGCUGCCACAAGUUAUUGGUAAUAUUUUGUGGCAGAUUGAUUGUAAGCCGCUGAAGGCACACUAUUUCAUUGGGAUUACAGUUGUCCGACUUCUUCCUCACAUCUAUGAUUACAUAAGAGCUCCAAUUCCUAAUCCCUACUUUGCUGAUGAAUAUGAAUUUGUGAACCCAAAUAUGGAUUUCUACUCCAAGUUUGGAGACAUUGCCAUACCCACCACUGCUGUUAUUCUGGCAGCUGUUAUCUAUAUUCAGCAGAGAUGGAAUUAUGAGAAGCUUAGUCAAUCUCUCACCAUUGGGCAGCAUAGGUUGCUUCCUCUGGGUUCUAGAGUGUAUCAGAGGUUGCCUUCGAAGUCCUUUGAAGCGGAGCUUGCUUCUGGUGCCAAUGGGGAAGCCAAUCUUGAAAAAGAGCAAGACGGUGAAGAAUAAUUUAACAAAUCCUUAUUACAAUAACUGAGUGGUAGAGUGUGUAAACUACUAAACUUCACUAACUUUGUAGCUUCUUAUCAUUGGGUUAGAAAGUAGCGAAUACUUUUUUUGUUUCUAGCCUGAUUGUCUCUGUUUUAAAUGGUUGCUUGUCAAUGUCUUCUGUAAACCCCAUAAAACGAGUUUCCUGAGUUUAACUGGAGCCAUUCCUGCUAUUUGUUAGCAAUUUAAAGAUGGUUUGUCCUUCCACAGUAAUUAUACAUUUUGCAUAAACUAGUCUAUACUCUAAUAUAUACAUUGUUCUUCAGUGGAUUUA